UUCAUAGAUCAAUUGACAUCUAUUCUAUGCAAGAAAAAUUCAACAUACUGUAACUAAAACUCCGUCGUUUUGGUCUAAUAGCAUCAAAGAAGUACUAAAAUGCAGUGCUUACAUGUCAAUUUUCCAUUGGUUCCAACGACUUCAUAACCACCUCCUCCUGAAACUAACAACCACCAACAAUGGCGAUUUCUCCAAACCCGACCCGUCUCAUCCUCCUAACCACCCUCAUUUCCCUCAUCAUCUCCCUCUCAACCUCAGUAUCCGACCCGGAAAAGCUCCUAACCGAACUCCUAACCCUCCAAUCACAGUCCACCGCCGGAAUAAUCCACCUAAACGACCAAACAGUCUCCCGUUUUAUAGUCUCAACAAAAACCCCCCGACCAUACUCCCUCCUCGUAUUCUUCGACGCCAAGGAGCACCACGACAAAGCCGAGCUCCACCUCGCCGAACUCUACUAUGAAUUUAAAAUUCUCGCCACGUCAUUCAUCACGAACCAUCCUGACAACUCAUCCGCAUCGUACGGUAAAUUAUUCUUCUGCGACAUUGAAUUUAAAGAUUCGCAAUCUUCGUUUAUUUUAUUCGGCGUUGAUUCACUGCCCCUUCUCCGUUUAGUUAAUCCUAAUGUUAAAAAUCCUAAAGAUUCUGAAGCUAUGGAUCAGGGAGAUCUCUCCAGGAUGGCGGAAUCCAUUUCGGAUUUUAUCCUGUCGAGGGCGAAAUUGAGCGUCGGCCCGAUACAUCGGCCGCCGCCUAUUUCGAAGAAUCAGUAUGCUUUUCUGAUUGUUGUGUUGUUGAUUUGGAUUCCGUUUAUGAUUAAGAAGUUGUCGACUGGUCAGACAUUGCUUCAGGAUUGGAAAAUUUGGUUGUGUGGCGCUGUGUUUGUGUACUUUUUUAGUGUUUCGGGUGCUAUGUUUAAUAUUAUUCGGAAAAUGCCGAUGUUUUUGGGGGAUAGGAAUGAUCCGAAUAAGUUGAUUUUCUUUUAUCAAGGCUCGGGGAUGCAGCUUGGAGCGGAAGGGUUUGCUAUCGGGUUUUUGUAUACCGUUGUUGGGUUGUUAUUGGCGUUUAUGACUCAUGUGCUUGUUUUGGCUAAGAAUGUGACUGUUCAGAGAUUGGUUAUGGUUGUUUCGCUUGUGUUUUCGUUUUGGGCUGUUAAUGAGGUUAUUUUCUUGGAUAAUUGGAAGACUGGCUAUGGCGUUCAUACUUUUUGGCCUUCGAGUUGGAACUGAGACGAUGAUGGGUGAUAUUCAUGAAGUAAAAGAGGUGACAAUUUUUGCUUUAGUAAAACAUUUUUGGUGCAAGAUUUUGUUGUUUUAAUGUUGAACGUUUGUUUAGCAUAGCUGGACUUCAAGUUCGUUAUGUUUUCUGCUAAACAUAGAGGCAUUUGUAAAGAAUACAUGAAAAUGAUCAAACAAUUACUACAGAUUCCACAUAGAACAAGAGUCUACUCAAAACAUGUGCCACAUUGUUCACA